AACUCGACACACUAUAUCCACGUUGACCAGCCAUCUUGGAAAAGAAACAUUAUCAGUGGAGGGCGAGACACUGCACCGGUAUUUACGAGAUGGCUCGACACGUUCUCAUCCUGGUUCUGAUUGCUGUGACAAGUGUCUUGUCUGAGGACACCGAAGUUUUGGAGUACACAGAUGCUGAUUUUGCAGACAAAAUAGGUGACCAUGAAGUUGCUUUGGUCGAGUUUUUUGCACCCUGGUGUGGGCAUUGUAAAAGAUUGGCACCAGAAUAUGACAAAGCAUCCAUAACAUUGAAGAAAAAUGAUCCACCUGUCCCAUUGAUAAAGGUGGACUGUACUGCCAACACAGAAACCUGUGGUAAAUUUGGAGUGUCUGGAUAUCCAACUCUGAAAAUCUUCAAGGGAGGAGAGGUGGCUUCUGAUUACAAUGGUCCCAGAGAUGCAUCUGGCAUUGUGUCCUACAUGAGAUCCAAAGCAGGACCAAGCUCCAAAACACUCACAUCAGUGGCUGACUUAGAAAAAUUCCUGGAUAAUGAAGAACACAGCAUUGUUGGAUUUUUCAAGAGUGCAGAGAGUGACAUUGCAAAGCAGUUCCAAAAAGCAGCAGAAGGUUUGAGUGAAAAAUUCCGUUUUGCUCACACAACUGAGAGUGAUGUACUGAAAAAGCAGGACUACAGCGAUGAUAUUGUCAUCUUCCAACCACCGAAGUUGCAGGUGAAGUUGGAAUCCACUACAAAGAAGUAUGAUGGAGAUGCCACUUUACAUAAGAUAAAGUCCUGGAUCAUGGACAAUGUCCAUGGUCUUGCAGGCUUCAGGACUCCCUCUAAUGCUGAUCAGUUCAAGCAACCUUUGGUGGUGGCAUAUUACAAUGCUGACUACAAGCUCAAUCCUAAAGGAAGUAACUACUGGAGAAACAGGGUAUUGAAGGUGGGCAAGAAGCUUGUUGAAGCAGGGAGACAAGUGAACUUUGCUGUGUCUAACAAGGCUGAUUUUGCUGGAGAAUUGGAGGAGUUUGGGAUCUCUGCUCCAGAGGGAGACAAGCCAGUGGUGGCAGCCAAAGAUAGCAGUGGAAAGAAAUUUGUCAUGAGUGAGGAAUUCACGAUGGAUGCCUUUGAAACUUUUGUAACAGCUUUUCUUGAUGGUAAAUUGGAACCAUACCUGAAAUCUGAACCAAUUCCAGACAACGAUGGACCAUUAAAGACUGUAGUGGCCAAAAACUUUGAUGAAAUAGUCAAUGAUGACACUAAAGAUGUCCUAAUAGAGUUCUAUGCUCCAUGGUGUGGACACUGUAAAACUUUGGCACCUAAAUAUGAAGAAUUAGCAGAAAAAUUAAAGGAUGAGCCAAAUAUAGUUAUUGCCAAGAUGGAUGCUACAGCAAAUGAUGUGCCUAGCCCAUAUGAAGUGAGAGGCUUCCCUACAUUAUAUUUUGCUCCAAAGGGCUCCAAGAGCAAUCCUAAAAAAUAUGAGAGUGGACGUGAAGUAGAUGAUUUUAUCAAAUACCUUGCUAAAGAGAGCACAGACCCAAUGAAAGGAUACAGCAGAAAAGGAAAAAAAGUGAAGGAGGAGUUGUAAAAAUCUUACAAAUUUGCAAUAUUUUGACAGACUAUAUAUUUUCUUGUAUCAAAAAUGAUAUUCCUAGUUAAAAUCAUGUUCUGAAUGUCAGGAAUUUCAUAUUUGAUACUAACUUUCAACUGUUUAUUUGUAGAAUUUUUGGAAGAAGUUAUUGUCUUCAAAGAACUGCUAUUUUCUUCUAGAGAUUGACUUACUUUGUGGGCUGUUGUAGUAAACAUUACAUGAAAUGAGUUUUAAACAGUAACUGUAACUUGUCAAAGCAUUCCUUUUUAUACAUGAUGUGAAGAUGAUCGGGGGUUGUAAGAUACAGUGACUUUUGUUAUUGAACUCUUCAAUUGUCAGUACCAGAAAUAAAAUAUUUAAAAACUCCCGAAA